CCGGCCCUGUGAGCUCUGCUAUAUUGACACUGUGGGUUUUACAGCAUUUUUUACUGUAAUUAUCUAGGUUUGCUAUUAUGUCUGAGACUGCUCCUGCCGCGCCAGCUACUCCAGCUCCAGCAGAGAAGACACCUGUGAAGAAGAAGGCUAAGAAGCCAGCGGGUUCCGCAGGAGCGCGGCGGAAGGCGUCUGGGCCCCCGGUGUCUGAGCUGAUCACCAAGGCCGUGGCCGCCUCCAAUGAACGCAGCGGCGUGUCUUUGGCCGCCCUCAAGAAGGCGCUGGCGGCCGCCGGCUACGAUGUGGAAAAGAACAACAGCCGCAUCAAGCUGGGGCUCAAAAGCUUGGUGAACAAAGGCACUUUGGUGCAGACCAAGGGGACCGGUGCCUCGGGCUCCUUCAAGCUCAACAAGAAAACUCCUGCGAGUGAAGGGAAAGGCAAGGCCAAGAAAUCGGCCUCUACCAAGGCAAAAAAAGCGGCGGGAGCUACCAAAAAGCCUAAAAAGACUACGGGUACGGCUACGAAAAAAGCCUUGAAGAAAACGCCUAAGAAAGCUAAGAAACCAGCGGCGGCGGCAGGAGCUAAGAAGGCAGCAAAGAGUCCGAAAAAAGCCAAAGCUGCUAAGCCCAAGAAGGCGGCCAAAAGUCCUGCGAAGGCUAAAGCCGUGAAGCCCAAGGCAGCUAAGGCAAAAGUGACUAAACCUAAAACGGCCAAACCCAAGAAGGCGGCGCCAAAAAAGAAGAUGUGAGUGUCGCAUCACUUCUUGAGAAUUCAGAUGGACCUAUAGCUGUUACUGUCUGGAGAGUUCAUCAAGCACAUCAUGUUGGAGGGCACCAAGUAUGCCAAUUCUCCUACAGUGACCCUUGUAUAAUGUAAAGGCUCUUUCAAAAUACACUCCUAUUCUGUUGUUUUAGUUACAUUGUAUAGCUAUUAUCAAAAUAAUUACUUUUCACCUAUUUUGUAUCCAAAUUAAGUGUAUCUCGCAAAAGUGAGUCAUAAUUUAUCAUAAUUCAUCAUUGAAUUUUCUUCUUCCUUCUCCUAAAACAUAUAUGAAAGAUAUCCCAAAGAAUGCUUGCAUCAAUGGGAGUAUCCUGUAGCAAUAUGAACACUAGACUCAAAGCUAGAGAACUGAGAUUCAAAACAUGUCUCUGUCACUGACACCCUGUGUUCCCUUUGGCAAACCAAUUUCUCUGGGCUUCAUAUUUCCUCAUUUAAGGGGGUUCAACUAGAUGAUCUCUGAAGUCUCUUUCAUACCUAAGUCUAGGAUCCUGAGUUCAAUGUUUGAAAAUCAUCUCUGGUUUGAUUCAACAUUUGAAUGUGUUUCCCUGGCUCAUUUUUGUUUGCUGCAUAACCUAAUAUCUGAAGAAAAAGAGGAAAGACAUGGGGGAAAUAAAGAUAUUUUAAGGUCUGACCUUCUGACAUGAUUCUCUUCUCCAGCAUUUUCACCGCACUUUUGAAUUUUGCCUCUCCACUCUAAUCUGCAGCAAUUAGAUUUUACUUUAUGCAAUCUUGAAACACUUAGACACUUGUCUUUAGAAACUUAAAACACUAGUUCAUAUUCAUGAUCUUGCUUUGUUGAAAUCUGGGAAGAGAGAGAUAGAGGUUUCAGCAUCCAAGAGAGAAAAAACCCUAAUAACCCCAGGAAAUACUAAUCCAUUUUCUCAUUUCUCUGUUCACAAUACUGCUACUGGAUCAUUAGUUUCCCUUCAAUAUGUCAAAGUCUCAUAGGAUCAUAGAAUAUUAGAUUUAAAAUCUCUUUUUCUAACUCCUUUUCCUUGAUCUGGCAGAUGAGAUAAUUUACUGUCAAUUAGAUGACAUAGAUUUUAAUGUCUAUUCUACCACUGAUUUCUGGCCAUCUUUCAUGUGGCAUCCUGUGUUUGACUUAUGUUUUCAUAAAGGUAAAUUGUGAGGGGAAAAGAAAAAUGAAAAAAUAAAUGAAAACAUUUCUUAAGCA